CUGCCUUUACAUUCAUACAUCUCUACACCGGUUUCAGGGAGCUAAGGUACAUAAUGUUGAUAUUCCCAUCGCUGAGCUGGAGAGUCGGUGCAGGCGGCCAUGUUGUGGGAUGCAAGUUAGCUUAGCUACACCAAGUAGAGAAGAGAGAGACAGAGAGAGAGAGAGAGGGAGUGAAAGAAAGAGGGAGGGAAAAGAGAGAGAGAGAGGGAGGGAGCUCCAACUGCAGGGACUCCUCUCCUCUUCCCAGGCUGCUGCUGCUGCUGCCUUUUGUCAUGUAGCCCAGCCAUACCGGUUCCGGUUUAAAAGGGUUUUGUUAGGCAGAGCUCGGUCUCCAUUACUCUCCCCCUCCGGCUGGGGUCCGGGAGCAAAUAUCGAGUGACGUGACUGGAUUUUAUAAACCCCUCUUUCUUUUCUUCUCCUUCUUAUUCUUCUUUGUUUUCCGUGGAUUUUCCCUUUUCAUAAACUGAACACAACAAAUAGCAAUCAGUUUCUCUCUCUCUCAUUCUCUCCGGCUCUUCUGGAGGAGCGUGGAAAAGCAAAAUAAGGGAAAUAACGCCAAGGAAUAGGAACAGGAGUGGGAAUGGGACAGGCUGGGAUUUCCACUUUUGUGUAGCCUCCACUCGACUUCCCCGCUGUAUUCAUCCUCUCUGGCUACUUCUGCUCUGUUCCCAGGAGUUGUGCUGGUCGUAUGUAACCGAGGGAAAGAAAGGAGGACCACAUUUUCGAGUGAAGGCUUGACUAUGGGUUGUGUCAAGAGUAAAGAGGACAAGGGGCCGACACUGAAGUAUCGGCCUGAAGCCUCCAACCCCACCCCAGUCCCCUCUCACAUGGGCCACUAUGGGCCGGAUCCCACCCAAAUGGGCCAGUCGCCCGCCCUCAAGGGCCCCAACAACAGCUACAACAGUCACCCCUCAGCUCUCACCCCUUUUGGGGGCUCUUCAUCCACCAUCACUCCGUUUGGCGGCGCUUCCUCGUCCUUCUCCACGGUUGCUGUGAGCAACACGUUUCCUGGUGCUGUCUCAGGAGGUGUGACAUUUUUUGUGGCCUUAUACGACUAUGAAGCCAGAACAUCAGACGACCUCUCGUUCAAGAAAGGCGACCGGUUUCAGAUCAUCAACAACACAGAAGGCGACUGGUGGGAGGCCCGCUCCAUCAACACGGGGAAGAAAGGCUACAUUCCCAGCAAUUAUGUGGCCCCUGCUGACUCCAUCCAGGCUGAAGAAUGGUACUUUGGAAAAAUGGGACGCAAGGACGCAGAGCGACUGCUGCUGGUGCCUGGAAACCAGCGGGGCACUUUCUUGGUCAGAGAGAGUGAGACAACGAAAGGAGCGUACUCACUGUCCAUACGAGACUGGGAUGAUAUGAAGGGAGACAAUGUGAAACACUACAAAAUCCGCAAGCUUGACAACGGAGGCUACUACAUCACCACGAGGGCUCAGUUUGAGACCCUGCAGAAGCUGGUCAAACAUUACACAGAACAUGCAGAUGGGCUUUGUUACAGACUAACUACAGUGUGCCCGACGGUGAAGCCUCAGACUCAGGGCCUGGCUAAAGAUGCCUGGGAGAUCCCACGUGAAUCACUGCGUCUGGAGCUUAAACUGGGACAGGGAUGCUUUGGAGAGGUCUGGAUGGGCACUUGGAAUGGUACUACGAAAGUGGCGAUUAAGACGCUGAAGCCUGGCACCAUGUCUCCUGAAGCUUUCCUGCAGGAGGCUCAGAUCAUGAAGAAGCUCAGACACGAUAAGCUGGUACCCCUUUACGCUGUGGUGUCUGAGGAACCUAUCUACAUCGUCACUGAAUACAUGGGCAAAGGGAGUUUGCUGGAUUUCCUGAAGGAAGGUGAAGGCAAAUAUCUGAAGCUUCCUCAGCUGGUGGACAUGGCAGCACAGAUUGCUGACGGCAUGGCCUUCAUCGAGAGAAUGAACUACAUCCACAGAGACCUGCGGGCGGCUAACAUCCUGGUGGGGGAUAAUCUGGUCUGCAAGAUCGCCGACUUCGGCCUGGCCAGGCUGAUCGAAGAUAACGAGUACACAGCAAGACAAGGAGCCAAGUUUCCCAUCAAGUGGACAGCGCCUGAGGCUGCACUGUAUGGCCGCUUCACCAUCAAAUCUGACGUCUGGUCCUUCGGCAUCCUGCUGACAGAGCUGGUCACCAAGGGCAGAGUACCAUACCCAGGUAUGGUGAACAGAGAGGUCCUGGAGCAGGUAGAGAGGGGCUACAGGAUGCCGUGUCCGCAGGGCUGCCCGGAGUCCCUGCACGAGAUGAUGCGCCUGUGCUGGAAGAAAGAGCCGGACGAGCGGCCCACCUUCGAGUACAUCCAGUCCUUCCUGGAGGAUUACUUCACCGCCACUGAGCCACAGUACCAGCCUGGAGACAACCUGUAGAGACGUUCUCCAUCUACAGGCCAAGCCAGACUACUACCACCACGGCCACAUCCCAAACCAGCGCGCCACAGCAGCUGCAGCCUCAGCCAACACCAAGACCACCACCACCUCCUCCCAUACGCCCUCACUGCACACUUCCUCUCAGAGGGGCCUCUCAAGCCUUCUCUCUCUUUCCAUCACCCCAUUUUUUUGUUUUAGUUUUUGAAUUGUGAUGAAAAAGCACCAUUUUUGAAACAGUAGUUUGAUUUGGGAAUCACUAAGGAUGAAGAGGAAGUGUUUAGCGAGGUGUGUACAUUAGGGAAGUGUGUUUGUGUGUGUGUUUAGGAGUGUGUCUGUCUGUUAGUUUGUGUCUGUCUGGACUGGGACCAGGCUGUGCUUUCUCACGCACUCGCGCACUCUCUCUGUCUGUAUUAACAUCCUGAGAAGAUGGUUCUGCAGAGUGAGGGAGCUGUGGAGUAAAGCAGUGAGCAACGAGUGCUGAUGGCUGGUUCACCAGUUGCACAGACGUCUAUUUUUCAUUUUUUCUUUCUUCUUUUUGAUCUUUUUGAUCUUUACGAACAGUCGAGCAUCCACCUUUUUUCCCUCAUUUUUUUUCUUUCUUCUUCCUUUUAAAACCUCCCCACUCCUUAUUUUCUUCCUAUUCGUUUUUAAAUCAAGGACAUGACUUUUUUUUUUUUUCGUUUGUUUUAUGUGAUGUUACUGUCGAUUUGAUUUUGAUUUUACAUUUCAUUUUCUUUUUCAUUUCUGGUUCCAGUAGUUUCAGUAGUUUGUUUUAAGAAAAAAAAAAAGUGAAAAAAAAAAAGUGACCAAUAACUGUGGUUGAAAACUGACAGCAUUGCCUACAGCUGUCGGUUGUGCUGUCACUGAGCGAUCGAGACUGAAGGACUGAGACAGAGUGAAAGUGAUGGAGAGAAAGAGAGAGUGAGAAAGAGAGAGAGAUAUUGAUGCUGUUGUGAAUGUAUGAGUGAAGUGUGAAGAGUUGUAUGUGAAUGAGAUGAGCUGGAGGAGGAGAAGGAGAAGGAGGAGGAGGAAAGAAGAGUUUGAUCCUGCAAGUUAAAAACCUGGGAGAUGAUACGUGGGUGAGAUUUAUGUUAAUGUCAGUAAUGAAAAAGAAAAAAUCAUGAUGUAAUGAUUUCUUUGAUUUAUUAUUUUCUUUCACCAAAAUUUUUGACUUCUAAUACAUCAAAUGGUGGUGGGCGGGGGGGACUGUUUAUAAUUUGUGCACAUGGUUAUUCAACAGAGAUAUUCUUCAGAAUCUCUAAGGCUUAAGGAGGUUUCAGAUGCAAAACCCUUCUUUUUAAUGCUAAUACCACACCUACAACCUAUGGGGAUUAGAUGAUCUAGUGGAAAUCAGUGUUAAAGGGGGAUUUAUUUUCAUUUUCCUUCAAGAAAUUCAUGAAAUAACAUAAUUCAGUGCUGAAGAUCUAAACAUAAACACUUCAUUCAGAAUGGUUUGGUGUGAAACUGUGUUAAAUUUAUGUUCAUGUUGCCAGUGUACAUUUUUGUUUAAAUGUGAGACAAAUCUGAUUACAAAAAAAAGCGAUUGAGUGGGUUGAGGACUGACUAGGUUCAAUUUCAAGGCUGCAUUCACAUUAUCAUUAUUUUUUCACUUUAAUAUAUCACAGAUUUGAGAUACUUUUAUAGGUGGUCAUAGAUUUGGUCUUUAUCCAAUUUGUGGGCAUGCGAAGAGACAGCUCAUGAGCUAGCUCCAGUGUUGUGCCAAAUUCAGACUCCCUACCAGAAUCUGACUCCACUUCAAAUAUACACGUACAGUUAAUGUAUGCAUGUUAGUCACAAGCUGCAGCCUCAGCUUUCUGUUACUGGCUAACAGAAGCAAACGCCUGCCGUUGUAGCUCAUCUGCCUUGUGAUUGGACGCCAUUGCUCACCAUAAUUACACAGUGGUGGUCUGUCAACAAGGCAGGCAUCUACAACUAAAAUAUAGAUAUAUCAUUUAUUUAUUAUCCUAAAUGAGUGAACAGUGUACUCCUUCUGUGUUCUGUGUUUUAUAUGCAACAAUUGGGCCUUAAUCUCUUUAAACCAGCCAGUAGUUUCAUAACCAUUUCUUGAAAACAGCUUUCUGUCACAUUGCUGUAAAAGGUGAUAAAUGUCCUAUCACCACUACUGUGAACAAUUAUGAUGCUACCAUUCUAAAUGAACUUUUUUUUUUAAAUUGAUUAACACUUAAAUGUCUGGACUGGAGUCUGAUCCAGUUAGUUUUGGCUUCACACCAAAAAAAAAAAAAAAAAAAAAAAAAGAACUUUCCUAAAUCCUGACAUAACAUAGGCUACAUCCCUCUAUACUUCACAUUGGUUGGCGAGAAAAAAUGUCACAAUUGCAAAUUUAAGUGCAAAUUGUGUGCAACAGAUUUUUCUCUGAUUCUUUUUUUUAUUUCUGUUUAUAAAGCAGGGAUAAUCUACUGCAGUGUGAAACACUUUAUCUAGAAGGUUCAGACUUUAUUACACAAACCGAUUACAGAAAGUUGUCAGUUAUUAAACCAACCUAAAGAAAAAAGAACAUUGAGGGAGCAAAAUUGGCCCUGCUCCCUCCGGGUGGGUAGAUGGCGCUCUCUCCCCACAUCACUCCUAGGUUGAUGUCUGCAGCACAGGGCGUCUGUGAGCUGAUGUACCGGAACCGUGUUGCUGCGCUUUCCUCCAAACGCGCUGUGAUGCUGCUCGCCAAUGUUGCAUCAGCAGCAGCUCAAAAAGAAGCGGUGGCUGGCUUCACAUGUUUUGGAGGAAGUAUGUGUUAGUUUUCACUCUCCUGGUGUGUUGGGGCAUCACUAGUGAUAGGGGGAGUCCUAAUGAGUGGGUCGGGUAAUUGGCCGUGUGUACAUUGGGGAGAAAAUGGGAAAAAUUUGAAAGAAAAAAAAAAAGAAAUUUGGGAGUGAAGGGUAGAUAGAAUCUGACAGAUAGAUAGAAUUCAUCAAAGCAACUCGCCAAAUCACAACCAACAUUUUACAAACAAAUUAAAAUAUAGUAUAGAAAAAGACGGCCCUCGUAGCCGGUGACACCAAGAUAUAGUGAAGUUCUUUAGUCCGCUCACUAAACUCAAAAACUAAGUUUAGUAUGAUGUGAAACCAAAACUGAUCAGACAAAAUAUUCAGUACACAGUUUAAAAAAGGCAUAAACCUUGGUCCAGAUAUUCAGGUGUAAACAACAAACGGAUUCAAACCAUGGAGAAAAUGUUCCAAGUUUACAAACCUGUGCACUGAUUUCAACCAGAGCAAACCAACAAACUAUAGGUAUGAAAACUCCCUUAAUCUGUGAAAACACCAGGGUCCGACUCUAAACAUGACAAAUGCUGUAGUGCUUUCAUUUACUCAUACAUAUCAGCCCUGGAUUCUGAAGAUAUCUGAUCUGUUGUUGUGCUACGAAAUGAGCCGUCACUUCAUUUCUUAUUAGAAGAACCACUGAGACACCUUUAGUUAACCAGUAACAGUACUCACAUGCUUAACAUCCACACCAUCCUGCUGAGGACGCCUGAUCUCGUGCAGUCGUCUUAUUUCUGGAACUCUGUCGCCCUCUGUGGUCUGCUGUUGGCCAAACCUGAGGAGUUGUAGGACCCUGUGUAUGUUACAGCUCUGAACAACUUCAGAUAAGAUGGGUUUACAUACGGAAGCUUUUGACACUGAACUUCGGGUUCAACUUAAGCUGAAACGCUUCCGGUAACAACGCGCCUUCUUCCAGCCUGACUUGAGGAAAGAGCUUUAAGGUUCUUAACGUUUAUGCGACACCUCAUCUUCAUCCUCAUGCUGUGAUAAAUAAGUCCUUUCACUCCUUCCGUAUGAAAUGAUACAAUACGAAAUGAAACAUUACUUGGAUGUGAUUUCAUAAACGGUGAUUUUUAGUUUUUUAGUAGAUGUUUCAAAUGGACAAAGCAGAUGAUAAUAAUAUUAUAGUAGUGUAUUAACAAUCCAUAACAGUUCUUACCUCAAUAACAGUUCGCUACAAGUGGUGUGUAUGUGUGUGCGUUGGUAAGACGUCACCAAAGCUGUCUUUGGUUUGGUUUCGUAAUUUGGUUUAAAAGAAAAUGAAAGGAAAGGAUGUGAGAUAAAGCUUAAGAUGAUAAAAUGAGUUGGUAUAUGUUCACUCCUUCUUCAGAUGCUCCUUUAGAGGUGUUUAGAGAAGCCUCAGCUUUUGUUCUCCACCAUUGUGAUUCCUUUUGUCCAGGGGUCAAGAGUUUCCUCAUUGUUAUGAAAAUGAAAAUCACCAAGCAAUCCCCCUUUUUCACAGCACCUCCAACCCCCCUCCUUUUGUUUUUCCUUCUAGAAAGCCGUGGGGUGUUUUUUAAAAGGGCUAUGGACUAAGUUUGUGAUAAAUCUUUAGUUCUUUCAUGAGGACUUUUUUAAAGAAGAGAUGCAGGCCAGAGCCUUGAGCAGGAACGGAGCGAGCGUGGAGGAGGAGGAGGAGGAGGAGGUGGGCGAUGCGACAUGUUGGCAACAAAUUACUAACCUGAAGAAAUUUGUACAGUGAAAAAUAAAAGUUUUACGUAAUGCUUUUCA